UUUUGGGCUGAUUGGUCAUAAACACAUGUUGUGUAUUUGUGAGUGAGAUGACAGAUGAGACAGGACUCCACAGGAGGACUAUUUCUCUCUCUCUCUCUCUCUCCGUUAUGUUGAGGGAAUGCGGUCAGGGGCCCAACGGGGGGGGAGAGAGAGAGCUGUUCCACUCCAGCACGCACUUCAUCUCCAGCGCAGAUCCGCUCUCUCUUUCUGCGGUCGGAGACACAGUGUCCCGCUGCUUGAAGAGUUUCUCCGCGCUGUAAUGAGGCUCCGUGGCUCCGCGGAGCGGCGGAGGGAGACGGGAGAGACGGGGGAGGAGGCGCGGGGAGGCCGCGGAGGGGCUCCGGAGACGGAGAAACCGAGAGAGCGAGAGAUGGCGGCGGGAGGAAUCACCACGCUCCCCGCUUUACCGGAGGACGGCGCUAGCGGAGGCUUUCCUCCGGUGAACUUCAAGGAGCCCAAGCGGCUUUACUGCAAGAACGGCGGCUUCUUCCUCCGGAUCCAUCCCGACGGUCGAGUGGACGGCAUCCGCGAGAAGAGCGACCCGCACAUUCGGCUGCAGCUCCAGGCCACGGCCGUCGGUGAAGUGGUGAUCAAAGGGAUCUGUGCUAACCGUUACCUCGCCAUGAACGCAGACGGACGACUGUUCGGGACGAGAAGAACAACAGAUGAAUGUUAUUUCCUGGAGCACCUGGAGUCGAACAACUACAACACCUACCGAUCCCGGAAGUAUCCCGACUGGUACGUGGCUCUGAAGAGAACAGGCCAGUAUAAAUCGGGUUCGAAGACCAGCCCGGGCCAGAAGGCCAUCCUGUUUCUGCCCAUGUCAGCCAAGUGCUGAUGGAGAG